AUGCUUUCCGAAUCCGAAGCACAGCAAAUUUAUCGAUCAGCCAUUCAUUUUGACGGUUUGAAUAUAGCCAAUUGGUCAAGGGAUAUCUUCGAGGCCUGGAAUAAAGGUGGCAUCACCGGAGUUUCCUGCACUUGCGGGUUGUGGGAGGGAUUCAGGCAAUCAAUUGCCAAUGUCGUGCAGUGGAAAAAGUGGUUUGAGGAGCACUCCGACUUAAUCGUCCAGGCACAUACAGUGGUGGACAUCCGUCAAGCCAAGAAGGACGGGAAGACGGCUGUUCUACUCUCUUGGCAGAACACAGCUGGCAUUGAAGACCAACUGGAUUAUUUGCGCAUAUUCCGCGACCUAGGCGUGCGGAAAAUGCAACUUACAUACAACACACAGAAUUAUUCGGGUGCCGGCUAUACCGAGCUGAACGAUUCUGGGCUGACCGGAUUCGGACGCGAAGUGGUUGAUGAGAUGAGCAAACUUGGAAUCGUGCUUGACUUGAGCCACGUAGGACCUAGAACCAGUGAAGACGCCAUUAAUUACUCUAGUAAACCACCAUGUUUCUCACAUGUAUUACCUGCGGGGCUCAAAGACCACCCUCGCAAUAAGUCUGAUUAUCUCAUUAAGCUUAUUGGGUCAAAGGGUGGUUUUGUUGGUCUUUCGCAGUUUGGACCACAUAUGGCAAAAGGCAAUGAUAGUACUAUCGACGACUAUGUUGCUGCGUUGGAUUAUGUUAUUGAUUUGAUUGGGGAAGAUUUGGUUGGUGUCGGCUCUGAUUCAAGUGAGGGCCAUGGCCGGCCGAGUGAAUUCAUGGCUUGGUGUAACAAGGACAAGGGAUAUGCAAGGCCGGAGCGCGGAAAGCUGGCAGAAGCUAUGGCUAGAGCAGGCUGGUCUGAAACGAAGAUGCGUAAAGUUCUUGGUGAAAAUUGGCUUAACUACCUUGAAAAAAUUUUUGACGAGUGA